AAGAAGAAGAAGAAGAAGGGGCUUGCAUUGCAUUUGGGUUUGCUGAGCAAGUUCAUCAUUUGAUUACUGCCAAAGCUAAUGGGCCGACUAACCGGCACCGUAGAAACACUCACCGUGAAGUCCAUGAGCUUAAGUACUGAAGAUUCAGAACCCCAUAGCAAGUCUAAUGGAUUAGACUAUUUAAACAAUUUGGAAAGGUCUCUCAGCUUCAAGAAAUGGGAACCUACAGAAGAAAAACUCAAAGCAGCAUCUGAUACAUUUGAAGAGAAACCACAUUCAAUUUCUUCAGUUGGUAGAAACUGUGAAAAAAUGCAGAUAAAGAAACCCACAAUUCUGCUUCCUGAGCCAAUGGUGUUGUUUUCUCCAAAACCACCAGUUAGCAGUCGCCAUGCUGCAGCAACUAGGCUUCAGAAAGUAUACAAGAGUUACAGGACUAGGCGCAACCUCGCAGAUUGUGCUGUUGUGGUUGAGGAACUCUGGUGGAAAGCCGUAGACUUGGCAGAUUUAGAACGAAAUUCGGUGUCAUUCUUCGACAUUGAGAAACAGGAAACUGCUGUAUCAAAGUGGACGAGAGCUAAAAAAAGGGCAGCUAAGUUAGGAAAAGGUUUGUGCAAGGAUCAGAAGGCUCAGAAACUAGCCCUGCAGCAUUGGCUUGAAGCUACAUUCUUUUUUAGUGACAUUGGAAUGAAAACAUCUUUCUUUUACUGGUUGGAUGUUGGUGAUGGUAAAGACACAAAUGUCAAGAAGUGUCCAAGGCCUGAUUUCCAGCGCCAGUGCAUAAAAUAUCUUGAACCAAGAGAAAGAGAAGCAUAUGAAGUGAUUGUAGAGGAUGGGAAGCUAGUGCAGAAGCAAUCAGGGUUACUUGUUAACACAGAUGAAGGGUCAAAGUGGAUAUUUGUGCUGAGCACAUCAAGGUCUUUAUAUGUAGGACAGAAAAAGAAGGGGUCUUUUCAGCAUUCAAGUUUCCUCUCUGGAGGGGCUACUACUGCAGCUGGAAGACUAGUUUCUCAUAAUGGGGUUCUUGAGGCUAUAUGGCCAUACAGUGGUCACUAUCUUCCAACCGCAGACAACUUCAAGGAAUUCAUUAGCUUCCUCAGAGACAACAAUGUAGACCUCACCAAUGUCAAGAUGUAUGCUGUUGAUGAGGACAAAGCAUAUCAAAAUGAGGGGUGCUCUGAGCCAGAGGUGACUGGAUCAUCCACAAGCAAAGUGACCCUGGAUGAUUCUAAUAGUGGUGCUGCCAUAGAAGUUCCAGCAGAUCAUCAACAACAACUUGAGAGCAAUUUGAGUAAUGCAGAUGAUGUAGAAGAAGAAGAAGCAGCAGAAGUAUUUGACAUGUCAAAGCGCUUAGCUUGCAAUUGGACCAGUGGCCUUGGACCACGUAUUGGGUGUGUGAGAGACUAUCCAGCUGACCUUCAAUUCCCAGCUCUUGAGAAGGUCAAUCUAUCACCAAGGGUCACGCCCAGCCUCCGUGAAAGUUAUUCCCCAAUCCCUUCACCUAGACCAGGCUCAAAGAUCAGGGUCUCACCUAGACUUUCAUAUAUGGGCCUCCCUAGCCCAAGGGUACCUAAUUUUUAAUCAUACUUGUUAGGCCGCGUUUGGUUCAAGAAAAUAAUUCACUGCAAUAGUGCAACCUCUCAUUUCAACACUAUUAGCGUGCUCUGGUUUGAUUUUCAUUUCCUUGAAAAUUACUUUCCGGAAACAACAGAGUCUCGGCUCUCGAGUGUGAUGGGGUCAUCUUGUUCCCGAACUUGUUUAGUGUUUCAGGGAGUCAUAGGACGAAGGCGAACUUGUUAUUCUUUUAUUUAUUUGUCACUCUUUAAACUAAUUUGUAAACUAGGAGCUCCAAUUUGUAAAUAUGCUCUUCUUGUGAAUGGUGCAAGCACAA